UCCAGUCAAAAGUCGGCCUUAGUGGCUGUUAAUAGAAACUCAACCCCUAGGCGGACUUGAUGUUUCUCCAUGGACACCUCUCAGCUGUAGCUUCUCCCCCUUUACGAUGAUUAAUAGUGCCACCGAUUGUAUUGCAGCGCUCUAGUUCGAUAUAUUUUUUGAAUAUCUAAUGUAAAUGUUAGUAGAUUAUUGACACAAGCAAAUCAUGGCGUAUAGUUUUCAAUCUUCUGUUCCUGAUCAGCAAUUUUUGUGGGAUGUUUUUCAAAGGGUUGACAAGGACCGUAGCGGACACAUUUCGGCCGACGAAUUGCAGAUAGCUCUUUCAAAUGGUACAUGGAGCCCAUUCAAUCCAGAAACUGUUCGUUUAAUGAUUGGAAUGUUUGAUCGUGAAAAUAGGGGAACAGUUUCUUUCCAAGAUUUCGGUGCUCUCUGGAAAUAUGUUACAGAUUGGCAGAGUUGUUUCCGGUCGUUCGAUAGAGACAAUUCGGGUAAUAUUGAUAAAGAGGAACUUAAAACAGCAUUGUCUUCAUUUGGUUAUCGUUUAUCUGACAAUCUUGUGGAUAUUCUAAUAAGGAAAUUUGAUCGAUUUGGAAAAGGAACAAUACUUUUUGAUGACUUCAUACAAUGUUGUAUAGUUUUAUAUACCCUUACAUCGGCGUUUAGACAACAUGAUACAGAUAUGGAUGGUGUUAUAACUAUACAUUACGAACAAUUUCUAAGUAUGGUGUUUUCAUUAAAAAUAUGAAGAAGAAAUAUAAAAUUAAUUCUAAUCUUUGAGAAA